CCUCACCAAGAUUGACACCAAGUGUUCUAGAUACACAAGCAAAGUGUUACCUCAUCUCUUAGCUAAUAAGUUUUUCCCAAGUAAUCAAUGGUCAAAAUACCUAUACAACUUCAUUCUCUCAGCCUCCGUUUGGGUAACUUCACCAAUUUAUUCAAACUUUCAACUCACACAAAGAAGUCUCUAGAGUUUCAAAUCUUCUUAGUUCCCCCUUAUAUAACUCAUCUCCCUCCCUUUCUCUUUCACCUCAGAGCAUUAUCUUAAGGCCUCUUGUUAAGUACUUGUUUCUUUACUUAAAAGCUAGAAUAGCAGGUGAAAAAUGGGCACACUAGUGGGGCAUGUAGCACCUGGCUUUGGUUUCUUUGUGAUUGGGCUUUGGCAUCUUUUUAACCACAUCAAACUCCAUGCUCUGUAUCCAAACUCCUACACAUCUUUACCAUGGUUCCCUACUUCUAAGUACAGGUAUUCAGAGCUUUUCUUGAUCAUGGCUGGUUGCACUAUGUCCAUAGCCAUGGAGCUUUUCAUCGGCCCGGACCGCCAUCAGCCUUUCGACACGGAUGGCACUAUUCCAUCCAACCAUCUUCACAACUUUGAGCACGCGUCCAUUUCGAUGACAUUUUUCAUCUAUGCAUUCUUCUCUGUUUUCCUGGACAAACUCGAGACGAAAACCAAACAUGGCCUUACUCAACUUCUAGGUGCUGUGGCCUUUGGCCAGCAGCUUCUAGUUUUCCAUCUUCAUUCAGCUGAUCACAUGGGAGUUGAAGGUCAAUACCAUAAGCUUCUACAGAUUGUUAUACUUAUUUCUCUAGCCACCACUCUGUUUGGUAUCAACUACCCUAAGAGCUUCUUAAUUAGUUUUGUCAGAUCAUUAAGUAUUUUAUUUCAAGGUCUAUGGCUCAUGGUCAUGGGAUUUAUGCUAUGGAUUCCGCGGCUCGUCCCGAAGGGUUGCUUCUUGAACUUGGAAGAGGGCCAUCAAGUUGUUAGAUGCAGUGACAAUGAAGCUCUGCACCGUGCAAAAGCACUGGUGAACAUAGAAUUUAGUUGGUACAUAAUCGGCCUAAUGAUUUUCGCCAUGACCGUUUAUAUUGGAUUACUUAAAUUAUAUCCCGAGAAAGUCGAGUACGAGUCGCUCACGAAACUGAUCGAACAAGAACAGGGAUACGAUGACAUUGAAGCUCGGAAGGAAAAUAAAUUUUCGGGGUCAAGAAGUUUUCUUGAGGUAGGAAAAUCGUUUGCGCCAAUUGACAUGGAAAGGUAAAAAGGGUGAAAAGAUUUGAAGUUUUCUUAAGGUCGACGAGGUUGGAAUUUGAUUGGUGUGUAUCAAAUCUGAAGUUUGUUUGUAUAUAAAAGCUGCAAGAUGUUAGUAUGUAGUUUGUAUUGGUCAGGUGAGGUGAUUUGUUUGUAAAAGAUGUGUGUAAAAAGGUGAUGGAAUUAAUUGAUUCCUGUAACCUCCAAUUUGUAAAGUUUAUUUGUUGAAUAUUCUUGUCUUUAUCUGUACAAUUGUUGAAUAUCUAUGUGGUGAUGACUUCAAAUUUUAUUUCUUUUAACA